AUGACAAUCUGGCGCAUGGUUUACGUAAAGGCCCGGUGAUUUUUUUCUAAUAAAAUACAUAAUUAGAAAGAUAAAGCUCAAUAUAAAGCUAAUCCCAAGUGGAUAACUAUGUCCACUGGCCUGACACGUGUGUGGGAGCGCUUGCCCCUCAAAAAACAGGCGGCACAGAGCGGCAUUCGUGUCUUCUCCCAGCAGCAGCCAGAAAUCGAGGAUGAAGAAGAGUUCCGUGUUUUGAAUCUGCGUACCGUAAAGCAGCAGUUCCAGCGACGACGGGAGGUCAGGCGCGAUCCUGUGACCCCGCCGCGCACCAACCGCAUGGCAGUGGACCAGGAUUGGACGGCCGCAUGGCCAGCACCCAGAUCCUUCCAUCCGGCCAGUGUGCCGCUGCCACUGCGCCAGGGCUUCACGGAACGCGGAGCAGCGGCACCCUCAAAGUUCGCCAAUGCGGAGCUAAUGAAAAUCCCCAACUUUUUGCAUUUGACGCCGCCCGCCAUCCGUCAGCAGUGCGAGGCCAUCAAGAAGUUCUGCAGUCCGUGGCCAAAGGGUCUGGAAACGGAGGCCAAGUGGCAGCGUCACUUUCCCGUCGAAGUCAUCACCACGGACUACCUACAGAGCUUGCCCACCAUCCGGAAUUUGGAGGCGCGAAGGGUCACUAUCUCGCUUAAACUCUCCGAUCUUAAGUUCGAUGCUCAUGCCAGGGAUAAGUUCCUGCGUCUCGUGGGCGAUCGCUACAACAAGGACACGGACACCGUCACCUUUGUCACGGACAGGUGUCCGCUGAGGAAGCAGAACUAUGACUAUGCCAUGUACUUGCUGACUGCCUGUUACCACGAAUCCUUCGUCACCGAGCCCUGGGAGGCAUCCAAAUCGGAGGCCGACAUGGAGGUCUACUUGUUCGAGCGCAAUCAAUCCAAGAUCGCCGCCGAAGGCAUCCUCAAUUGGAGUGCCAAGGAGGGCGAUAAUAAGAUUUCCCCGCCGCCCGCCUACGCGCAGUGUGUGGAGCAGUUGAUCAACGAGGGCGAGAACGAGUACAAUUUGGCCAAAUACAAGGAGGAGGUCAAGAAAAUGUUGAAUGUUUAAGCAUGAACCUUGAAGAGAACCAAUAAAGCUUGAAGUUGUUAGUAA